AUGAAGCCACUUUAUGCAUUUGUUGGACUACUCGCAGUAGUCAGAGGAGAAGAUGGCCUCGAUGGUUGGCUUCGAUAUUCUAGACUGCCCGACAGUCUAUUAACUGACGAAAACCUUGAUUCGACCCCUCGAGUUAUCGUCACCCUGAACGCGACAAGUGGCGGUCCACUAGAGACGGCCGCUAAGGAACUUCAGACAGGCAUACAAGGGAUCCUUGGAUUGGACUUGAGCACUGAUUCAAACUCUUCCACAUGGGAAGCCUCCAGGAGUAUUAUUCUGUCUACUGCAGAUUCCUACGACAAUCUCCGCAGCGAGAAUUCUAUCUCAGUCACCAAGUUGGAUGGGCUUAUCAAGGAUGGAUUUUACUUGAGCAAUAUUGGAGAGAAUGUCUACAUCAUUGGGUCCAACGAGCGUGGCGCUCUUUACGGCGCAUUCGAAUACCUAUCCAUGCUGGCGCAGGGAAAUUUCAACAAGGUAGACUACAUCACGAAUCCCGACGCACCCAUUCGAUGGGGCAACCAAUGGGAUAACCUCUGGGACAAUGGAACGCAUGGAAGCAUCGAGCGUGGCUAUGGAGGCGACUCCAUCUUUUUCGACGGAGUUGGCUACGUGAGAGAGGAUCUAUCCCGCGUUCCCCUGUUUGGCCGGCUUCUCGCCUCGGUCCGUAUCAACGGCCUGAUCAUCAACAAUGUCAAUGCCGACGCCACUAUCCUCAGUGACAGGAACCAGGAGGGUGUUCAGAGAGUCGCUGACCUCCUCCGGCCGUGGGGUGUACAAAUUGGGCUCUCUUUGAACUUUGCGUCUCCCAAAGACUUUGGAGGACUCGAAACCUUUGAUCCCCUCGAUAAAGGUGUCAUCAACUGGUGGCAAGACAUCUCGGAUUCGCUGUUUAAGCGUAUUCCCGACUUCCUUGGAUAUCUUGUCAAAGCUAGUUCCGAAGACCAGCCCGGCCCUCUGUCCUAUAACCGGACCUUGGCAGAGGGCGCCAACAUGUUUGCGCGUAGCGUUCAGCCAUAUGGAGGGCUCGUCCUGUUCCGCGCCUUUGUGUACAACCACCAUUCUGAUUGGAACGACUGGUACGCCGAUCGUGCCAAGGCAGCGGUUGAAUUCUUUGGAGGCCUUGACGGGAAAUUUGACGACAAUGUUGUCAUCCAGAUCAAAUAUGGGCCCAUCGACUUUCAGGUCCGCGAAGCCGUGUCGCCCUUGCUUUCGAAUUUGACGCAGACAAACACGGCCAUCGAACUCCAAAUCACGCAAGAAUACCUCGGACAGCAAUGUCACCUGGUGUAUCUUGCACCACUUUGGCAAGAUGUGCUUGGUUUUGAUAUGCGAGUGGAUGGAAAGGAGUCAUAUGUAAGGGACAUCUUGUCAGGAAAGGUCUUUGAACGCCCGCUCUCUGGAUACACAGCCGUCAUCAAUGCUGGGAUGGACUCUACAUGGAUGGGUAGCCACCUGUCCAUGUCCAACUUUUACGCAUUUGGCCGUCUGGCCUGGGAUCCCAAGCUUGACUCUGCCGAGAUUCUGGAGGAUUGGACCCGCCUGACAUUCGGUCUGGACGACAAUAUUCGCGAGGUCAUCACCACCAUGUCUAUGAAGUCGUGGACGGCAUAUGAGAAUUACAGCGGAAAUCUGGGCAUUCAAACCUUGACAGAUAUCCUUGGUCUGCAUUACGGCCCGAAUCCUGCAUCCCAGGAUAACAAUGGUUGGGGGCAGUGGACAAGAGCAGAUCACAAGACCAUUGGUAUGGACCGCACCAUGUGGAACGGUACAGGAUACACGGGGCAGUAUCACGACGAGGUUGCCCAGAUGUACGAGAACAUCGAAACGACGCCUGAUAACCUGCUUCUGUGGUUUCAUCAUGUGCCUUAUACCUUCAAGCUUCACUCAGGCAAGACUGUGAUCCAGCAUUUCUACGAUUCACACUACGAUGGAGCCGAAACUGUGUCCCAUUUUCACAAAGCGUGGGAAAGUUUAAAGGGUAUCAUCGACGAAGAGCGUUAUGAAAAGCAGCUGUACCGCCUCAAGUACCAGGCCGGACACUCUAUCGUGUGGCGUGAUGCCAUCAACGAGUUCUACCGCAACCUGUCAGGUAUCCCCGACGAAGCCGGCCGUGUACGGAAUCACCCCUGGCGUAUCGAAGCUGAGAACAUGACGUUGAGCGGCUACCAGCCUGUCAGUGUCACGCCAUUUGAAACAGCAUCGAAAUACACUGCUAUUGUGACAAACGCGACCGGUACAGCCACGGCCGAGAUCCCAUUUGAAGACGGAGUGUAUAACUUGGCCAUCAAUUAUUUUGAUACUCCCAAGGGGAAGUCAACAUAUGACGUCAGUAUCAACGGUCACAUCGUUGGAAGGUGGGUGGGUGAUGCAGAGGAUCAUCUUGGAAAGGUGGGGAGUGAGUACCUGGACGGAGAUUCUGCCAUCCGCAUCACGUUUGAGAACAUCACAGUCUCCAAGGGUGAUAGGCUUCAAAUCAGAGGCGUCACCGACGAGGGAGAGCAGGCACCCCUGGACUACGUCUCUCUUCUUCCCCAAGGUGUUGUGGACUAG